GCAAAACAACUGUUACAGGCGAGGAGGAUGACAGCAACAAGGUGAGACGAGCACCGUUUGAAGUCAACGAUGGCAGUGAUGAUUACAUAACUUGAUUUUGCCUGCUCAAAUAGGGGGGAACCAUAUUACUUUGGCCCUACAAAAAAAAAACCUGUAGUGCUGAAGUCUCAACGCUGAGUAUGAUUCCCUGGCUGUGGCGGAGGUGAGGAAGCAUGGAGUGGAAAUCUAAGGUGUCAAGACGAACUUGAUGACAGCAUGGUCCAUGGUGGAGAAGCUCAAAAUGGAAAAACGCCCCUGCAGGGAGGAAAACAUUGACUCAAGCGAGGUGCAGCAUGCCACUGAUGAGUCUGAGGAUGGAAGCAGCUCGGAAAGCGAAUCGGAAGAGCAGAAACCCCAGAGGGUUCCGGUGGACAACAGCAGUUGUAAGAGAAGGGAGCCUUUGACUAUAACAAAACCCCACCGUCAGCUCUGUCGCUCUCCAUGCCUCGAUCGGCCCAGUUUUUCGCAGAGUAGCACUGUGCAAGAUUUUCGUGAGGAUGACACCCACACCGUACUGGGGAUCAAACCUGCUAGUGAAAAAGAGUACCAGACCAAGAUGGAGUUUGCUUUGAAGUUGGGUUAUUCAGGAGAGCAGGUGGAGACAGUGCUUAACAAGUUGGGAGCUGCGGCGCUUAUCAAUGACGUUCUUGCUGAGCUUGUAAGGCUUGGAAACAAAGUAGAGCCUGAAACUCAACCUUGCAGCAGCACGGCCUCAACAAUACCACGCUCCCCCUGUGUUAAAGAGACUGUUAGUCCCGAAGUUUCAGUGGAAGAUGAUUCUGUAGACACGUUUGAUAACCUCAGGCCCAUUGUCAUUGAUGGCUCAAAUGUGGCAAUGAGCCAUGGAAACAAAGAGGUAUUCUCUUGCCGUGGUAUCCAGCUUGCUGUUGAGUGGUUUCUCGAGAAAGGACACAAAGACAUCACUGUGUUUGUCCCAGCCUGGAGAAAAGAACAGUCAAGACCUGAUGCCCAGAUCACAGAUCAAGAAAUAUUGCGCAAGCUGGAAAAAGAGAAGAUUCUGGUUUUCACCCCAUCUCGAAGAGUUCAAGGCAGAAGGGUGGUGUGCUAUGAUGAUCGCUUCAUAGUGAAGCUGGCUUAUGAUUCUGAUGGAAUUAUUGUGUCAAAUGACAACUACAGGGACCUACAAAAUGAGAAGCCAGAGUGGAAGAAGUUUAUAGAAGAGCGUCUCCUUAUGUAUUCAUUUGUCAAUGACAAGUUUAUGCCACCUGAUGAUCCACUGGGAAGACACGGGCCAAGUUUAGAAAAUUUUCUCCGUAAGAAGCCUGUUGUUCCAGAACACAAAAAGCAACCCUGCCCCUAUGGGAAAAAAUGCACGUAUGGACAUAAGUGCAAGUACUAUCAUCCAGAGCGUGUCAACCAACCACAGCGGUCUGUGGCAGAUGAGCUGCGGGCCUUUGCCAAAUUGUCUGCAGUGAAAACAAUGAGCGAAGGCGCUUUAGCUAAAUGUGGGACUGGUCCAGCAAAUGUAAAGGGGGACAGCAACUCUGAAGCCAAACGUGUGGCACCCAAACGUCAGUCUGAUCCCAGCAUUCGCUCAGUGGCCUGUGAACCUCCAGAGGCACUCUCUGUUGUUCGGAAGUCUGAGACAAAUUCAGUGCCUUCCCUCGUGUCUGCUCUCAGUGUGCCCACCAUGCAGCCUGCUAAGAGUCACGCAGCUGGGGCCUUGAACACACGAUCAGCCAGCAGCCCAGUUCCAGGUUCUCUGCAGUUUGCUCACAGUUCUCUGGAGCACAUGUCUAGUGUACAGUAUCCUCCUAUUUUAGUAACUAAUAGUCACGGCGCCUCUGUAACUUACAGUGAGCAGUUCCCAAAAUACGACUCAGUUAGUGAUCAUGGAUACUAUUCACUUCACAGUGAUUUUUCAAAUAUGAGCAUGAGCAGCAUGCAUAAUGUUGACAGUUUCUGUAGCAUGGAGCACGAGCAUGUGUAUCAGAGAAACCCCAGCCACUGCCCUGAAUCCUGCCUCAGCCAUUCAAACAGUGACUCGUUCUCCUCUUAUGGAGACCUGUACCCAAGCUCUGUGGACAGCAGCUUGGAGGAGAGCAUUAAGGGGCAGCAGCAGGCUGCACAGGGCAGGAUGCAGGCUUUUUCCCAUGGGUUUCAUCAUGAAGUACUGACUAGAGUACAGAGUUACGGACCAGAGGAGCCUAAGCAAGGUCCCCGGAAGCAAUCUGGAUCUCAUCUAGCACCACAUAUCCAGCAUGCUGCAGUGGCAGCCCGGUCCAGCUGUCCUGGAGACUAUCCACUUGUUCAGAAUGUCCUCCCACCUUUGUCCUCACAACCUACACGUUCUCUUGGUAUGACUCGUAUGGACAGUAUAUCAGACUCAAGGCUGUAUGACAGCAACCCGAUGAGACAGAGGCGACCACCACUGUGCCGUGAGCAGCAUGCGAGCUGGGACCCUCUGCCUUGUGGUAAUGAGUCCUAUGGAUAUCAUUCAUAUCCUCUUAGUAACAGCCUGAUGCCAUGUUGUGAGCGGGUGAUGGUCCGUAGCAUGCCAGACAAAAUGGAACAAAUCUGGAACUCACCAUGGGAGACCCCAUCUGCAGCCGAACACCAAGAGCGGUAUGCUAUCCCAGACCACCAGUAUCAAACAUAUAGGAACCUUUGUAACAUUUUUCCCGCUUACAUAGUCCACUCAGUAAUGGAGAAAAACCCUCAUUUGACAGAUCCACAACAACUUGCUGCUGUCAUUGUUACAAAACUGAGGUCAUGUCACUGAGCAGCUAUAAAGUCAUAUGAUGAGAGAAAUGAGGAUUUUGAUUGCAAAGAUUGGCACUUGUUCAGAGUUAUUGCAUGUGCAGCAUCUGCUCUCAGGAGUUAUUCAUUUUGUCCUGUCUGAUGGGAAUUGAAGUGAUCAGAUUUUACAUCACUAAGAUUGUAUACAGUAGAAAUAUCAGCUACCUAAAUGUGGUGUAACUGAUAUAAUGCAAAGUAAUACCUUUUCAUGAUACAUUCACUCUGGCUGAACAGGAAUUUGGCACCAUUUCAUUUGGUCAACAAAGGAUUUAUUUCUAUAAAAUUUAAAGAGGGGUCCUUGAACAUUUGACAUGGCUGUUAAUUAUCCCCCUGAUUUAUUUUGCACCUUCCUCAGCUUUAUUAGUUGUUUAUAUGUUUUAUAAAGAUGCAGUACAAGCAAAGAGUUUGGACACAUACUCCUUCAAAGCUAAAAGUUAUUGUGUUAUCCAUACUGUGUCCAUAUUUUUCUUAAUUUAAUGCACUUUAUAAAAGACAAAUAUUGCAUUAUAUCAGCACAGGCCAGCAUACAGUAGAUCAUAAUUAAGAUAUCAUUGGCAUUCUUUCUAAACUAAACCAUAAAAGCUAAAGAGUCCCUUUUAUAGGCUGCGUUUACUUGAAUGUGUCACUAAUUAAUAUUUUUCCUAUUAUAUAAAGAUCUAAAAAUUUAUAGGAAUACAGUUACUUUUGAUGAAUAAUAGUAGUCUUUAUGUCACAGAUUGGUUUGUUUAUAUGUUCAAAAUUUUACUUACUAGAUUCAUUACUGUCAUGACCAACUGAUUAUUAAUCAUAAUUUUAGCUUAACUUAAACCUUUGUCUGAUCCUAUUUAAUGCAGUUUGUUGUGCAACCCUGAACCUGUUUGUGAUUGUGAGCUAAGAGAAUCAAUAAACAAGCUACAUGGCAACAUCGUCAACAAACAAAACAAUUGCUUAUGUGCAUCUCGUACGUGUGCGUAUUGAGUUUGACACAAGGGCAUGUCACCAUUUCUACACUACGUAUUUCUUAUAAAGAUCCUGUUCAGGCCCUGCGAAUGUGUUAUGAGAAGUCCCUGAAGCGUUUUAAGUGCAGUGGAACUAUAAAUAACCUUGUUUGAGUCUGCCUCUGCUGUAAAUAAUUCUUGUGAUUUAUUUUUUUUAAACCUUUUUUGUGCAUUUGUUUUGAAAAAAGGGAGGUAGAUUUAUACCUCACAGCAUGAACUAUGACAUUUUAUGGCCUUAUAUCUGAAUGACCUCACGCUUUAGUCAUUGUCUGAUUGGUUUCAGUGGAAGUCUUUGUCAUUGAAACCUUCUACUUUUAAAUGUAAAGCACUAUCAUAGUAUCUAAAGAGAUAUAUUUUCUCAGCCUCACUUAAACCUACUAUUUUGAUAGAAUUUGACAGUGCAAAGCAAGCCAAAAAAGAGAUUUGACUUGCAUACAAGUGCACAUAUUUAUGUACAUAUUAUCACACAAAAGCCAUUAUUUUGAAGUUAUUUAUAAGCUGCUAAAUAAUGCCAAAAAAAGACAGAAUUUUUGUAGUGUCAGUAUUAUACAUAUUUAAAUUUUCCUCCAUAGGAUCAAUUGGGUUAUAUUAUAAAGUCACAUCUGUAAUGGAUUAUUUCCUAUGUAACUUAUUUUCUGAUUUUAUUGAAUGCUACGUCCAGGGUUUUGCUAUAUAUAAAUAUAUAUAUAGUCAAGUCUGUUGAGCUGAUUGUUUUCAUUGUGAAAGUAAUCAAAGCAUUGCUGUUCAAAACGGUAGCUCUAAAUUGUCGGGCAGGUUAAUUUAGUUUCAGACUACUUUUACAUGUACCUCUGCUUGUUUUCAUCAAUAACCUGAUUUCUGAUUACAUAGUUCUGUAAUGGGACAACUGGGAGACAGUACUGUUACAUCUUAAAGCUGAUAGAUUUCCCUACUAUAAAAAGAAAUGUUUAAUUUCCCCAUUUCCAGCAGAAAGCAACAUUUUUAAAGAAAUCCUAAUGGUUAAAAAUAUUGAAUGAAGUCAUCCAUUUUCAUGCCUUAACCCAGUGAUACUUACCUGGUUUCUUGUGUGCAUGUAAAUGUGAUUAAACUUAUCCUGGUGGUGGUCUGAGACUUAGGAACGGACCGGCCAUUGAAAUUUACUGGAUUGAAACGGUCUUGGUCUUUACAGAUGGAUGUUUGCACAAGAAUUUUUGCAACAGAUUAAAUAUUUAGCUAAUGUUACAUUUGUCGGAGGUAAGAAUCCGGCGGUAACAGUUACGCCUGGUUGUUUGUUAAAUAUAUUGUGAUAUCUUGUAGAGUAAUAGGUUUAAAAACUGUAAGAAAAUACUUUUGAAUAAACACUAGAGCAUGUUGGAGAAGAAAAUUCCAGUAUGGCUUGUUAUGAGAGACCAGACUGCUCAAGUACACAUUUACUAUAAUACAAUAUUCAUAAAUGCAGCCAGUCUUGAAGGAACAUGGAGGGGUUUGGCUGUGCCUUGCAGCACAUUGCUCUCAGGAUGCUUUCAAUUUUCUAACUUUUAUGUCUAUUCCUGUCAGAAACUAGUGGUUACUGACAAGAGUGUACUCUGAUCUAGUAGUGAUAUAUUUUGUGCAAAUCCUACAUGUACCAUGUAGUACCUUAAGGUUAGCUAUGUAUAGUUGAAAUAUGGAAAUUGCAUUGCAAAACUUUGUACCUUUUGUGUAUAACCUAUUUUUGCACUUUGAGAUAUUGGACAGUAAGCUAUCAGGGUAAAUUUAUGUGGUGCAGCUUCAGUUAGAUGUUAUGUUUUUGUCCAUAAGGGUGUCCAUGUAGCCAGUCAAAUGUGGUAAUUAAAAAAAAAAAAAAAAGUCUGUAUUUUCUAUAGUUUUGGUUAUUGCCUGAUAAGUUUUGAACCAAUGAGCUUGAUUUCUGAAUGGGACAUAAUUGGUGCUAAACUAUAUUUCCAUAAUGGAUAAAGUAUAGUGACUAAGUAGAUAAGAGACACUGAUUAUUAAUAAGUAUCACAACAUUAUUUAUUAAACAAAAGGAAAGAAAUCAAGUUUUUAGCCGGAACUUGUUUUUCUCUACCCUACACCCUCAGGACAGGGCUCUGCAUGAAACAUGCAGCUUUUAAAUCAUUGAGGCUGCACCAUGUAAAGCAAACCCUUAUAGCAGGGCCAUACUUAGAAUGCUUUUAAAGGGAAAUGCCACUUAUUUUUAGAAUUCAGGAAUGUUAAAAUUUAUGACUUGAAAUUAACAGCAUAAAAUGAUGUUUCCCCCAUAAUGUUUAACAUCAGAGUUUUUAGCUAAAAAAUGUUUUAUAUUUAAUAAUCUUGAUAAUGUUGGGCUUAAAACAAAUCAAUAAUAAAUCCAUACAGUGCCCAUUUGUUGAAAAUGAAGCAGCAUUCGACUAUGCUUUGAUGCUAUCACAGAAUCAUAUUCAUUAUAAUAAAAAUAAUAAAAAAAGAAAAGAAUUUAUAAAGUGGGUGGUAUUACUCUUUAACAGGACAAUUGUGUGAGCCUGACUCAUUGUUGGUGCUUUAAAGUAUAUAUUUCUUUAUAACGUCUAGGUAAAACCGUGGUAUAUAAUAAUAAUAAUAAUAAUAAUUAAGAAAAAAUGAAAAUGAAAAAAAAAAAAAAAAAAAAAAGUUGAAUGUGUUUUUGCCCAAAUGAAUUUUGGGAUUUGCCGACUUUGUUUUUUCAUGAAAAAAGACGAGGCCACUUUCGGCCGCCUGUCUGUUCAUGAGAAGGUGAAACAAACUGCCUAAAUGUUUCUUCAUGUGAAACAAUCAGAUUGCAAGGCUGCUGUCAAGGUUGUUUCUGGCAUUUGGCUAAAGGUUUGCGUGCCAUCCUUUUUCCUUGAGAUAGUCGAAUAGUCAAAAACAUACUCAGAGCCAAAAAGACUUGUGUGCUGUAUGUUAUCACCGAUAGAUGAAUUUUAUUUAAAAAGUCAACAUGGUUGUCAAUAGUGAAUAAAGUUGAGAUCACUUAAGCUUUGUCACUUUCUCAGUGACAGUCUGAACAUUGGAAUAGUCCAUCGCCCAGAUGAAGUACUUACACGUAUCAUGUACUUAGUGACUACAAUGUAUACCACAGUUGAUGCACCAAACU